UUAUGGGUAACCCGAAACGUCCUUGUCCUUGCGCACAUCGACUGCCUUCACGCCUGGGUCGGGGAUUUUCUUGUCAUUCACCUGCACUUGAAUAGAAUAAAAACUUCCAAACAUGAUGGCUGCCAGGUUUCUCCGCCGUACUCUCCCUGCGUUGAGGCAAGCUCGCUCCUACGCUGAAGCCGCCUCCGGUGCCCCGCAAAUGUCCUUCACUUUCGCCUCUCCGACACAGGUGUUCUUCCAAGAGGCCAGUGUGAGACAGGUUGACGUCCCCACACUUACCGGUGCGUUCGGUAUCCUCCCGGCUCACGUGCCCACCCUGCAGGUGCUCAGGCCCGGUGUCGUCACAGUCUUUAAUGACGACGGCUCCUCUGCCAAAUACUUUGUGAGUAGCGGGUCAGUGACGGUCAACGCUGAUUCUUCAGUGCAGCUGCUUGCUGAGGAGGCUGUUCCCCUGGACCAGCUGGACGUAGCAGCAGCUAAGGCCAACCUUGAAAAAGCCCAGUCCGAAUUGGCCGGUGCAGCUGAUGAGGCAAGAAGGGCAGAAGUUCAGAUCAACAUAGAAGCCAACGAGGCAAUCGUCAAGGCUCUGGAGUAGACUUGCGAUAACCGGUUGCUCGGAUGAAAAUGUUCUGUCCUCUCGGGAUUCCAGCUCAGACCUGUCGGCGUCCAGAAAAUACCAUUCUUUCUUUGUACAGUGAAUGAAGUUAACAAUAAAUUUAUUUGGAGUUACUUUG